AUGUGGUGGCGUGGCAAGUUACGUGGGAAAAGGAUCGGCAAUGAGCGGUGGCGUGGCAAGGAAUGGGUGAGGCAGUGGCUGAGACCUAGAGUGCCCCAACUAGACGCUGGCGUGAGGGUCGUGUCGGCAAAGAGCGGUGGCGCGUAUCGCGGCUUCUGCCGAACGCAGCGGCACGGGGCUUUGUCAGCGACUAAGUCCCUCAUCGCCUUCCUUCCUGCCUCUUCGUCUCUCAUGUCGUCCCUUAUCUCUGUCCUGAAGGCGAAACUCGCCGACUACAUGCUCUCCCUCCCGGACGGCGCUGCCGAGUAUGAGGAUUACGAGGUCUGGGGGCAAGGGUUCGCCAAACGGGUGGCUGUUUUCGACCGUUCGGCGCGUGGGCAAGACGUGCCCGAACUUGCCGACUUUAUCGCUGAGGCCGAACGUGGUCUCGAUUCGAUGGCUACUGACGACUGGCUGGUAUGGGGAGCGCGAAUCCUGCCGCAGCGGGCGGCGCGCGUCGCGUUGCAGCAACAACAGGCGGCCGAGGAACAGGCACUAGUGGAGGAGAGGGAGCGUGUUGCCGUCGCCGAACAGGAGGCUGCCGAAGCUGAGGCGACGCGGGCUGCUGCGGCUCGGAAGUCGGCUGAAGUAGAUCGUGAACGGCGCCGGGGGUUGCUAGUGGACGCGAUGUUUGAUGGCUCGCUCGAUCCUGAAGAGGGUGAGCGUCAAUUGGCUGAGCUCGAGGCCGAGUCCGUCUUCCCUCUCCCUCUCUUCCUUCUUUCUCCUUCUCCCUCCGCCGCCGCUUCCUCUUCUCAUCCUGUCCCGUCCGCCGACUUAUCCCAUCCCGACCCGUCCGCCGACUCGUCCUAUCCCGACCCGUCCGCCGACUCGUCCUAUCCCGACCCGUCCGCCGACUCUGCGCUUGCAUCCGCAACCGAUGCCCUGGACCGAAUGAGCGUGGGUCUGGUCGCCGCUGCUGCCCCGACCGACGUGAAGGGCAAACAGUCGGCUGCGGCUGUUGUCGUCGAGUUUGCUCACCAACGGACGCCACCUCUUGGACGCGUUGUCCUUCCUCUCGGCCCUGGGACGGGCCGAAUGUCGACCGUUAGGUCCCCUGUGGAGCGGAAUGGUGCCGGUAAAAUGCUCGAAGAUCCGCCAGAGUUGUUACCCGGUGAUGUACUGGCCGACUACGCUUGUCACCGCUGUACAACCGCCUUUCUGACCAAGGCGUUCCGUUGCUACCAGAGACCUGGGCUGGUUUCGUGCACUAAGUGUGCCAGGGAGUCGAAGGGGUGUAGUUUCCAGCCCGGGUGGAUGCCGAUGGAGAAGGCGAAGGGGAAGUCGAAGUCGAAGGGGAAGGGGAAGUCGAAGGAGCAGUCGGCGCCCAAGGCGGAGGAAAGGGAACGUCCCUUAAAGCGUCGCAAGGUAGAGGUGGUUGUCCCCGUGCGGUCAGUCGGGGAUAGCAUCGCCCAAACGAAAGCCGUUCGCACCCGAAAGCCGGUCCAGCGGCUUCCUACCACGGCUAGGGCCGUCCUCGUUCCUACCCGCCCUUCCCGUGCUCGUUCGGCUGCCUUCCCCGCUCCUUCCGACUCUUCACUCCUCUCGCCCAUCGUCGCCCAAGGCAUCGCGUCUGAGCUUCGGUACCGCAUCGCGGUGGCUGAGGGUACGCGUGCUUCGCUGGCGCGAUCGGUCGCGAUGUGGCAGGCUGAGCUAGAGUCGCUCGAGGUGCGGGCGGGUCCAUCCACGUCCACCGACGUUGUCUUGGUCGAGGACUCGUCGGAGGCAGACGAUUCGGGAAGGUCGGUGUCGGACGACUUUCUUCCCGAUGAGUAG